AGGCCUGCUCUCCCUCCCAGGCUGUCCAGGCCCCGCUGACGAUGGACGAGAGGGAGGAGGACGACGAUGAGGAAGCCUGGCUGCAGCUCCGGCCUGUGGAGCCCCUGCCCUCCCAGUGCUGUGGCAGCGGCUGCUCACCCUGUGUGUUUGACCUCUAUCUCCGAGAUCUGGCAAGAUGGGAGGCAGCCCGAGUCAGCAAAGACAGGAGCCUGCUGAGUGGGGAGGAGUCACAGAGCUGCCCCUCCAAGCUGAGCCCAGACACCUUCCUGGCCUUCCGCAUCACUGCCGUGCACAGACUCACCAAGGACACCUACCAUGUCCGGUUUGCUCUGCCCGGGAAGAGCCAGCUGGGCCUGCGACCUGGCCAGCACCUCAUCCUACGAGGGAUAGUAGAUGACUUAGAAAUUCAGAGAGCUUAUACGCCCAUCAGCCCUGUCAACGCAGAAGGAUACUUUGAAGUUUUAAUCAAGUGCUACCAGACUGGGCUGAUGUCCCAGUAUGUCGAGUCCUGGAGAGCAGGAGACACGGCUUUCUGGCGAGGACCGUUCGGAGGCUUUUGCUAUCAGCCAAACCAGUACGGUGAGCUCCUCAUGCUGGCUGCGGGCACCGGCCUGGCCCCCAUGGUGCCCAUCCUGCAGAGCAUCACAGACAACGCAGAUGACGAGACCUUUGUCACCCUGGUCGGCUGCUUCAAGACCUUUGAGGGCAUCUACCUGAAGACCUUCCUCCAGGAGCAGGCCCGUUUCUGGAACGUCCGCACCUUCUUUGUACUCAGCCAGGAGGACUCCCUGGAGCAGCUUCCCUGGAGUUACCGGGAGAAGACCCGCUUUGGCCGCCUGGCUCAGGACCUGAUUGAAGAGCUGGUCGGCUCCUGUCGGAGAAAGCCGUUUGCAUUGGUCUGUGGCUCGGCCGAGUUUACCAAGGACAUGGCCAGUUGCUUGCUGCACGCCGGCCUGGCCGAGGACUCCUACUUCCUCUUCUAGGUCUGGCCUCCCUUCC